UUGUGGUGGUGACAUAGGGAUCUACUUGCUUGUUAAGAAGUGUGUAAUAUUAUUACUUCACUUGGAAAAUGGAUGUUUUCAGAAUGCACCAUAUCUUGAUACUCAUGGCGAAAUUCGCAAGUUAUGGUUAACUCAUGGUGUACCAAUACAUGUUGCAAGAAAGAUUGAACAAACGUUUGAUUUGGGAGGGUGGCCAACUAUGUAA